UCCAAGUUUAAACUCUCGAGAAUAAACUGACGUCACGCCUUCGGUAUUCAAAUUAAAUUUUACUUUUAAAUUGUUUUUUAAAUUAAUUAAAAUUGGAAUUUGUAGGUUGUAGAAAUUGUAAUAAAGAAUUAUAUAUUUUUUUAAUAAAUAGAAGCAGUGUUCUUAUUUUAAAGUGAAAACUUCAAAGGUGUUUUAUGGUGACAGGUUUACACAUAGUACAAGCAUCUGCUAGCAACCGAUGGACUAAUACCUUAACUAUAAGCAACUAAUUAGAAAAUAAGUUCAAAAUGUCUCACCAUAUACUUAAGGUAUGCAUGUUCUGCCUCUUAUGCGCCGCUCACACAUGCGGCUCUCACGUCGACAAAACUGAAGGCCUAUCGUCUUUCGAGCCCAAAAUCUUAGAACUCGAAAACGCCGCUUUACUAGACGAGAAAAGAAGAGAAGAGUCGAGAAUCAGAUACAAUCAGAAACUCCAGAAAAUUAGACAUAGAGAUAGAUCGAAGAGGGAAGCGAAAAAUGUGGACCCUACCUCCUUCGUGGAGAGGAUUUUCACCCUAUACGGUGAUCCGGAAAGUAAAACCAUGAAUUUGACUGGGUUUAAUAAUAUGCUCGAGGGCUUAAACCUACACAAGUUAAUAGAAGGUGGUAAAGAGGAAAAGACUGAUCGCAGAAGUGGUGUGUACGGUCUAACAACGCAAGAAGAUGCUGUCAAUUGCGUAAACAGCGAGGAACUAAUAACAAGGGUGAAUGCGAAAUUAAAACCGCACAAUGUCAACCACGAGCAUGACCACGAACACAAACACGAAUUGGUAGAAGACAACAGAACAGAUCAGGUCAUAACAAAAGAUACGUUACAGGCCCUCUGUCCCAUUCUAUUGUACCAGCAACUUGCCAACAACUCCUUAGAGCAACUUGGUUGCGUGAAAGAGACGAUGCUAUACGAAAGAGUGUCUGCCUUGGAGAACAACGCGUCACAACACGCCAGAACGCAUUUGAGCGAGCGAAAUGGAACGCAGCAUCAAUCGAACAAGAGCAUGUUCCACGUUUGGUUAUAUUCUUCUUUGAGUAUAACAGCUAUUAGUGCCUGUGGUCUUCUAGGUGUUGCUGUGAUACCAAUUAUGCAUAAAACCUAUUACAACCACUUAUUACAGUUCUUAGUAGCCUUAGCUGUAGGCACGCUAUGUGGAGAUGCCUUGUUACACCUCAUGCCUCACGCGAUGAGCCCUAUGGAGGACCACGAACACUCCCACGGGCACGAGACAGCCGUAGACUUGAGAGCGUCUCAUGACGAUGGGAUGUGGAAGGGAUUAGCAGCCAUGUUAGGAGUAGUCUUCUUCUACUUCACCGAAAAGGGCUUGACGGUUGUCGUUGAGUGGAGGAAGCGCAGGCAAAAGCUUGAGGAGGACAAACUACCUACGCGCGUCAGGGUUCUGAAGGACGAGACUGUAGGUGGCUGCUCGGGUGGUGCCAAAGCGCCCAUAACAAAUUCCUCUUCGAAUUCCCUCAUGAAAAUCUUCAAGAGGGACGAGAAGGGCGACCCGACAACGAAGACUUGCAAACACAAAUACUCAGAAUAUCCUUACUGUUACGACGAGAUUGACACAGAUACUCACGAUGACCACCAUUUGAGGGACGGACAGCUUCCCCCAAGCCCAAAAUCCAAGAACCACAACAACUCUGUCAGCGUAGUGUCUUCAAAUGCGUUGAAUCCAGAUGGUAAAGAGGAGCCAACUGCGAAAGACUGGCUGCUCAAAGGUGAGACCACGCCAGCUGUGGUGGAAAUGAACAACAUAAAACACAAGCACGAAGACGGCACGAAGGAUUUGAAGGAUGGGGACAGUUAUACUGUUAUUUUGAGGGAGCACUCUCGCGCCCACCACGGCCACUCGCACGCCCACGGGCACGUGCACGCGCCGCCCUCGUCCAUCGCCUCCGUGGCCUGGAUGGUCAUCAUGGGCGAUGGCUUGCACAACUUCACUGAUGGAAUGGCCAUUGGAGCGGCGUUCGCUUCAAACAUAGCUGGUGGAUUCUCCACAGCCAUCGCUGUGCUGUGUCAUGAACUGCCACAUGAACUUGGUGAUUUCGCGGUGCUGUUGAAGGCGGGUAUGUCGGUGCGGCGCGCCGUGUGCUACAACGUGCUAUCGUCGGCGCUGUGCCUGGCCGGCAUGGUCUGCGGCGUGCUGGCCGGCCACGCGCCUUCCGCCACGCGCUGGCUGUUCGCCGCCGCCGCCGGGAUGUUCCUCUACAUAGCACUCGUCGACAUGAUGCCCGAACUGAGCACGUCGCAUAGCAAAGAAGGCACCCUCUGCCAGUGCAUACUCCAACUGAUGGGCCUAGCCACUGGCAUCGGGAUAAUGUUGGUCAUAGCCCUAUACGAGCACGACCUGAAGAACUUAUUCGGAUAAAGUGUAUAAAUACCCGCCAAAGUGAAUAAAUACCGUGCAAAGUGAAUAAAAUACCGUGCAAAGUGAAUCAAAAACCAUGCAAAGUGAAUAAAACAGCGUGCAAAGUGAAUAAUACCGGCUAAAGUGAAGGUACAAAUACGGUUUAAACUGACAUGGAUUUAUGCAAAGUGUCAAUAGUAUCAUUUAAUUAUUAUAAGUACCACUUAAUAGUUGUAAAAUAGUGUUAAUAAUGACCAAAAUACGAGGAAACGACACAUGCAAUCUUCAAUUAUUACUUUUAAAGUAAUAAAAUACUUUGAUAAAGUGAAUAUUAGGUCGAAAGUGAUAAAAGUACCGAGUAAUGUAUCAAGGCCCUGAUACCUGCAGACACCUCCUAAUUUUAUUUUAAGUUAUACCCGUCAUGUUCUUAUCCGCCGAAAAGGAAAGGGAUGGAUUGACAGAUGUUAAUUUUAAAACGAAAGAGUGAAUGAAUGAAUAACCCGGGCGAACGAAAUAGCCAUCUCGCUAGUAAUCAAACAGUUUGAAGUGUGCUGUCAACUUAAUUCUGUCGGUCUAAUGCCGACGUAUAAUUUUGAGACGGUUGUUUUUUAUGCCUGUCGAUUGCCCGUCCCUUUCCUUUUCGGCGAAUAAGAAUAUGACAGGUAUAACUUAAAAUAAAAUUAGAUGGUGUUUACAGGAAUUAGGACCAUUAAUGCACUGAUUUUAUGAACUCGAAUAACGAAAUUUUCUAUGUACUUACAAAGUGGUCAAUUUCUCGAAUAGUACCUAAAGUGUCCAGUGCUUUUAAAGUAUUUUCAAUGUGAAAGUGGGAGAACUGUACUUUCGUAUGUCCUUAAAAUGUGCGUGAUAAUGUAACUUAAUACUUAAAAUUUAACGUACUUACGGAUAAGUAAAAUUAGUGUAAUUAAUUAAUUUACUUCCCCCAAUUAUCUGGGGCUAAGAUUAAUGAAAAAAAAAUGCAAAAAUCAUCCUGCUAGGGGUACAAAAAUACUGUUUUUUUUUUCUUUUGGAAAAAUCCAAAAUUUUUAAUUUUAAGUUGUUGCACUUGUUGCU